AUGCUUAUAUUACUAACAGAGCGAAAAAACACAACCGUUUUGAUUGUUUUAGUGUUUUGUCAGGUUUUGAUUGGACCAACUGGUAUAGAAUAUGCCAAACCAGGAGAAGAUGCAACCUUGGACUGCUACAUAGACUGGCAGUCAGUUUCAAAAACUGUACAUUGGGUUAAAAUUGGUGAGAGCGCUGCACUAGCUGAAAUCACAGACCAAGGUUCUACUAUUAACGUAGGUGAACCAACCAAUUAUAGUGUUAUAUACACAGCGCCAUACAGAUAUGACUUGCUUAUAUAUAACGUGGAAUUAGGUGACGAUGAUGGAGAGUAUGACUGUUAUUUUAGUUUAGACGGAAAUGACGAUGAGGAAGUAGGAACACUUACUGUACUCGAUCAGAUAGAUUCGAUCAGCAUAGUUGGGUACAGUGAUGAUGCAGUUGUAACAGUUGAUGAAAAUGAAGCAAGGGAGUUUACCUGUGAAUCCACUGAUGGUAACCCAGCAGCUGAGUUAACAUGGACAAUAGGUGGUAAAGAUAUCACAGAAUACAGUACAUAUACAACACAAGUCAGUGAUAAUAAUGACAAACUACAUAACAGUAUGAGUGUUUUGAAUUAUACAUUCAAUGCAGCAGAUAAUGGAGAGGCUUUGAAAUGCCAAGGAUUUCAACAUGAAGACUUAACAGUUAGAAAUGCCCGUAUUUACAUGAAUGUAAAACAUAUACCAAUAAUCUCCGGAAUUGGAGUUAUUUCAUGGAGUGAUGGUGGCGUGAUUAAUGUGGAAUGUGCAGAUACAGCCAAUCCAGAGUCAGAUCAAUAUGAAUGGGAAGCCGAGGGUGGACAGACUGGCACUACAUAUGAGAACACAUGGGAACUGAUAGAUACUGGAGAUGAUGGCAAAGAAGAGAUUACAU